GUGCAGGAAUGCCAAUCGUUAAGAAGCGAUGCGCCCGUGCAGCCCCAGGCAUUAUGUUUGCUCAGAGUGCCCGCUUGCCCAAGAUUUGUUCAGAAACAUUGGAGGAUAAUGCCUUUGUCGCAUGUUCUUUAGAACUUUCAAACGAGGAAGAGUCCACCCCCCCAAAAGAGGAAUCCCCUCUCUUGGGGCUGGUCUCCCUGCAGAAUGCUGAUGGCUCCUGGGCCCUCGAUUCCAGCCUGGCCAGCCUGCUAGACCAGAGUGAGGCUGAGAUCAAGAGCAAAAUGCCUGAACAGGUGUCCCCCAGUGUGUGGGCAACUGUGCUGGCUAUCCUCUGGCUCCACUCCAAGGCUGCAGAGCAGAGGGAGGAAUGGGAGCUGCUGGAAGCAAAAGCACUCAACUGGCUUCAAGGAAAUGCAGGGUCUUGGCUUGCGGACUGUUUGAAAACUGGCAAUGCAGUGCUGGGCAGCAGCGUGAGCCCCCAGACUUUGGGUCUCUGAGCUCCUCUCUUGUGCUUUAAAACUGGAGCUCCUGCUUGGCUUCCUCUUCUCAUCCUGCCCAAGUGUAACCUGCUGCUUUUAGGAGGACUUGACUGAAUUCCUUGCAUAGUCCUUCAUUCUGGUGCCUGAGAGCCUCCCUUACCAGUGUGUUGGGACUCCACUGUGCCUGAAAGUUGCUGCUAUUUCCUCAGCCAUGUGGUGCCUUAUACUCCCAAGUCCUCUUUUCCCAACACAUAUGGCAUCCAUAGUACUCAAGACUCUCCACUGCAAGCUCUCUGGUUGUAAAUGCUUAGCAUUGGUAGAAUAUGGAGAAUAUAUUCUAGGUGAAUUAUACAGCUGCUAAUUAGGUGUGUGAGCAAUAAAUAUGGUGUCUGAUGGUGUUUACUUCUGUGUACCAAAGAACAAAUGCAUCAAAGAAAAAAUAAAUGGAAAAUUCACAACCUUC